AUGGAGGCGUCUACAGCGUUGAUUCGCUGUGCGAGUCGGCUGGGGCAAAGGGAAGUGCAUAUUGGCAAAGAUACAGACUUGAAUUGUCCGUCCUGUCAACACGAGCAGGAAGAGGAGAGAGAGGAGGAGAAAAAAGAAGAAGAAGAAGAAGAAGAAGAAGAUCAAAGCUCACAAUUGGCGACGCAAUGGCUCGAUUCAGACUCAGACUCAUCGUCGGAGUCUGAUCUUGAAGAAGAAGAAGAAGACACCAUGCUCGACGGCAUAGAUUCACAGCCCGAGUCUAUGAGAACGAUCAGAAUAAAACGCAGCAUUGAUACUGCAUUUGCCGGGGAUAUCGAUAUGGACAUGGACAUGAACAUGGACUUCGUUGAGAGUCCUCUAAGCUACAACCAUAAAAGGGCCGGGAUGAUCGAGUCACCCUCCGGCAGUCCGAGUUUACGGCUUGAUUCGCACGAACUCCUGGAUCAGGACGGUCGUGUCUCUCCUUGCUUCCGACAGUGGAUCAAACGGUCUGUCCCGAAUCUCUCGACGUGGGUGGAUUGCGACGCUGCGCAGGUGUCUACUGCGGAAUGCGUCACGUACACCAAGCCUCCUGCACGACCUAGCUUGAUCUCUAUCCAACGAGGUGAAGGACGACGAGAGUCUGCGAGAAUAAGAUUAUCACGUCCACGCGGAAUCAGAAUAUCGUCCAGUCCCGAACCUGUCGAAGCAUCUCCAUCAUCCACGGAUGAAGAGCAACUCAUUCCCCCCCUAACGACGGAGCAGCUCGAGCAAGUAAUAGAAACAAGUACCAUGCUCAGCGUCCCAUCCAUGAUACCGCUCCCUCCUUCUCCCCAGUCGAAAUCACCGCUCUCACGGUCUGUAUCCUUUUCCGGAAGACAAUCUCCGGCUCCUUCUCAGGCCGAAAGUACCCUGAGUAGUACCCUCAGGUUCUUCUCUUCGCGGCCAUCGUCUCUCCUGUCUCCAUCCGUCGAGGGGUCCGACAAGGACAAGGACAAAGCCAGCCCGCAGAGACGUAUCUUACACUUACAGCCCAGGAAGGCUAACAGUCAGAGCUCGUCUGAUCGUCCUGUGAUACGUUCGCUUCUGCCCCGCUACUUCUCAACGCCGGUUUUCAGUAAUCGAUCCGGCGCCAGUCCUGGUUCGGGUUCAGGUUCACCCGGCAGCCUUCGCAGCAUGCGGUCUACGUCAAGUCUUCAUUUCCAUCUAUCAACGAGGAUAGCAAGGUCUGAUGGGAAAGAAAAAGAACCCCCGGCUUCAAGACCCCAGUCCGCUGAUGACACUCGGGCAGAAACUGCGAGUGAGGGCGACGACACAUCGAGUGAGAGUACAUCGAAAGAGUACAACUUCAGGGGGGAUAAUAAGCUUAUGCCGCCGACGGCAAAGUGGCUGGUGGACUCUGUGUUCCGGCGAAGUAACAAGGGGCAUGUAACGGCCUCGAGCUAG